UGUCACAACAACAACUCCUCGCCAUUUCAGAAUCAGGGGGGCCGAAACUCCCACCAAGGAUUCGGGUCAACCUGUCGGAUGAGCACCACUCGCAUCGUGUUUAUUCAUUCAGUAAAACUUCUCUUACCUUUUCUCUAUCGUAUAACGGCUUAGUUGUUAUGUUCCGAUGCGUUUUAUUCGGUUGUUACGUAUGAGCUUUUCCAGCUUGGGCCCGGGCUGAAGUGUCAAAAGUGUUCUACGGAUUUUCCUGCUAACAGCUAGGAGGCUAACUAAGUGUAAACAUCAAGGAUGAAGCGUAUUAAAGGAGGAGAGGAGGACAGCAAAAGCUCUACCAGUAAAAGCCCAAGUGAGGCUUGCAAGAAGGUGCGGAAGCAGACGGGCGAGGAGUCAGAGGCAGCGGCAGUCAGUGAGUCUUCGGGGAUUGACUGGGCCCGCCUGCCUCAGGAGCUCCUGCUUCACAUCUUUCAGUACCUUCCCCUGCUGGAUCGGGCGUAUGCCUCUCAGGUGUGCCGCAGGUGGAACCAGGCUUUCCAUAUGCCAGAGCUGUGGAGAUGCUUUGAGUUUGAGCUUAACCAGCCUGCCAGCUCUUACCUGAAAGCCACACAUCCAGACCUCAUCAAGCAGAUCAUAAAGAGGCACUCCAACCACCUGCAGUAUGUCAGCUUCAAGGUGGACAGCAGUACAGAGUCUGCAGAAGCAGCAUGUGACAUCCUCUCACAGUUGGUGAAUUGUUCACUAAAGACCUUGGGGCUCAUCUCUACAGCCAGGCCCAGUUUCAUGGAGGUUCCAAAGUCUCAUUUCAUCUCAGCUCUGACCGUGGUGUUUGUCAACUCCAAAUCGCUGUCCUCGCUGAAGAUUGACGACACGCCGGUGGAUGAUCCGUCUCUGAAGGUGCUUGUGGCCAACAACAGCGACACGCUGAAGCUGCUGAAGAUGAGCAGCUGCCCUCACGUCUCCCCCGCAGGGAUCCUGUGUGUGGCAGACCAGUGUCACGGCCUGAGAGAGCUCGCACUGAACUACCACCUCCUGAGUGAUGACCUGCUGCUGGCCCUCUCCUCUGAAAAACACGUCCACCUGGAACACUUGCGGAUCGACGUGGUGAGUGAGAACCCCGGCCAGCACUUCCACACCAUCAAGAAGAGCAGCUGGGACGCCAUGGUGCGGCACUCGCCCAAAUUCAACCUGGUCAUGUACUUCUUUCUCUACGAGGACGAGUUCGGCCCUUUUUUUAACGAGGAGAUCCCGGUCACGCACCUCUACUUCGGCCGCUCCGUCAGUAAAGAGGUGUUGGGCCGCGUUGGCCUGCACUGCCCUCGCCUGGUGGAGCUGGUGGUGUGCGCCAACGGCCUGCGUCCUCUGGAUGAGGAGCUGAUCCGCAUCGCUAAGCACUGCACCCAGCUGUCAGCCAUCGGACUGGGCGAGUGCGAGGUUUCCUGCAGUGCGUUCGUGGAGUUUGUCAAGAUGUGUGGCAGGAGGCUCUCCCAGCUGUCCAUCAUGGAGCAGGUGCUGAUUCCAGAUCACAAAUACUCCCUGGAUGAGAUCCACUGGGAGGUUUCUAAGCACCUGGGCAGGGUCUGGUUCCCAGACAUGAUGCCGACCUGGUAGAGAGGAGCCACAGAGGCACGCUGUACGUCUAGUUUGUGGUGGCCUCCAUGUUUGCAUAGAAAAGCCUUUAAAUGCUCAGCUCUAGUGGGAUGUUUGGUGCCAACAUGGAGAGCGGAGACCGAACUCCAGUCUGGAGUGCAGGGAUGUGAUGUGGCUCCUGACUGCUACACAAUGUUAUCAUGCCAUGCAAAAAAAAAAAACAGCGUCUCUGCCUGUUAGCUUUACAAUAGACUGUGGCACCCUGCUUUGCCUAAUCUGGAGAAAGGACUCGCCAGGCUGACUUCUAGAUCGCAUAAUAAACAAACUGCAAACAGAACAGAGACGGUGGAAAUAUUUCACUAGAAAAACAAUGUUCCUAUAACUAUAAACUGAGUUAUAUGGACAUUGUUGCCUGGUUAUGAUGUUCAGUAUGAGAGAUGUGUGUUUGCGUACGUGAGUGUGUGUUUUAUUGUUGUUGUUUUUUUAACAUUGUGGAUUCAUUUGGGAAAAUCACAAUUGCUUGUUGUUACACUACAGCUUGGCCUACUUUAUUCCAGUCCAGAAGCUCGGCCCUGUCGACAAGAUAUCCCAUCGGAGGUUUCCAAAUGCACAGUUUGUGAGAAGUUGUGUUUGUCUCAUGUGUAUGCAAGGAGUGUAGGUUUAGUUUAUUUGCACAGCUAUUAAGGUACAUAUACCAACAAGAGAAAACACUAAGUUCAGUGCAGGAGAGUCCUCGCCGUCUAGACAUUAAUACUCAUCAAAGACAAAACACAGCACAACAAAAUCUAUACACACAAACUCAAAAACCGUAGUAAAAAACAGACGUAGAAUAAAUAUAUACGUACAACCAACAGAACAAUAUUGCUGUUGUGUUUAAAGAUGAAGUGAUACAUGUAUUUAAGUGUCCUACAGCUGGUGAGGAAGAGGACGGUUUCAAGUUUCAAGGGGAAGGAUUCAUAUAGCAAAGAGUAGCAGUGUUGUGAGUGCUUUCCCUUCCCAAAAAUCAUGCAUAAAAAUAACACGAUAGUAAAAACAGUUAGAGGUUGGCUAAGGGAGAAGUGAAAUGUGUAUAUAGGUCUCUAUUUUUGUAACGUGAAGGUGUGCAGUAUUGAUUAUUGUCAUGGAUUUUUUAAAUGAUGUCGAUGUUUGUUCUUCUUUUCUGCAUACAUUGACUUUUCCCAGUUUUGUUUCAAAGAAGGUUUUUGCACAGGGUCCUAGAUUUCCCUAAGCACUUUAAAACCAAGUGUAAGUCAGGACAAAACAAGUUAUGUUGUCCUUUUUGAAAGCACUGAACAAUAUUUAUAAAGCCCUCAUUUUUUAGUAGUUUGACCAAGAUUGUAAUGAUAAUUCCAAACGUACUGAGUCAGUACAGUAUAUUGGCGUAAAAAAAGUAAACAACAUAAAAUUUAAGUAAAUAACCUGCACAGAAAUGCCUGAAUUUGGAGGUUUGAGUAGACUUUUCUCUGCAGGUAAUAGCUACAAUGCAUGCUGGGAAUGCAUAUAUAUUUCCUAAAUAGGUUUCAUUUUUAUCUUCUACUGUUUGCCUGCUCAUGCUCCAAACAUCAGCUCCAUGCUGUGGAUCUCUGCCCUCCGGUUAGCGUACGUUGGCUCUGUGUCGUGUGACCACAUCGUACUGACGGGAGUGGAAGACGUCUUAGCAGAUAAUCAGAAAGCUAAUGCUCCUGUUAAAAACAUGUGAUUCUUUCGGGGAGAUUUGGCAAGUCAGAAGAGUGAAACAAAAUUGUUUUUCCUUUAAGAAGGAAGUCAAAUGCAUCUGACUAUAACGCUGUGUGUUUUGCUAUGAGUAGAGAAAGCUGGUCGCCCUCUGUCAGGGUUUUCUUAACCAUCGGACCGCGCCUUUUAUAAAAACCAGAGCGCGUUGUCCUUUUCUAGAUGGAUUAUUCACAUGCUGUUGUCACUAGAAAAGAUAAGCUGUAAUUUAUUGAUAUGAAACUGCUUUUGUAAUUAGUUUGUGUUUUUAUGUGGAGCAAAUGAAGCAACCGUUAUAACCAGCAAGGAGACCAGCAGGUGUUGGUCCAAAACUUUCGAAUUCACUACCGUAAGCUUUGAAUAAUUUAUCAACAAACGGGAGCAGAGGAAUGUAGUAGUGCUAGUCUGAUAAAUAAUUAUUUUCCAACAAGAUAAUCGCACCAAAAACCCAAAGAAGUGGCUCUACGUCUGACUGAGUUUCAUAAAGAAUAAUACUAACUUGCAUUGUUGUGUUUUUUUGUCUUUUUGUCCAAAUGCAGCAUUAUCUUAAGGCAAUAAAAAAAAAAACUGAACUAUUUGAUUAAUUAAAACACAAUUUAAUGGAACAUAGGAAGACACUUCCUCUAAAAAUACAAAAUAAAAAAUAGUGUAAAGUCCCUGUCAAAUCAGUAAGUGUGAUUAAGGGCUUUCACUGGAAGAGAUAUCAUUAUAAAGUUAAACAAUUGAUCAGUACCACAUGCAUAACCCACAUUUUUCUGCCAGACUGCAUUCCUUUUAUCCAUGUCUUUCUGACACUUGAUUUAAUGUACCUCACAGUGGACUAACACAGAGACACUCCAUGCUUCUUAGUUUAAUGGACUGAGUCUGUUGGUAAGCGUUGGUCUCUUAUAUCACUCACGGUAGACGCCUGCGCUGAUGGUCUGUGCUGUUGUGCAUUAGCAUCUCAGUGGUACGGUAACGUAUCUCCUGAAUUAUUUUUCAUUAUUCGUGCAGGGCAUUAAACGGGCGGCGUGACAGCAGCUCUAACGUGAGGAUUGUGUCUCAACGCUGUACUGGUUUUGAAUCAUUUUCAUGUUGUCUUUAUUGGACAUUUCAGUUAAAAUGCUGAACACCGAUAAUAAUCAUCUUUAUGAUGCCUCUUGUCAGUAAUGGUAAUUUGGACCUGAGUUGUUAAGAGUCCUCCAGUAAGUUUCAGUAGCAUUUAACUGGUGUUGACCAUGCUGUCCUUUUUAGCUUCUGUAAGGCAAAUGCUUUGUCUAAUUUGCUUAACUGGUCACCUGUUUUAAAAUGAUUGUUUUGGACACUUGAUCUUAGACCAGUAAUAAAACAUUUGUGAAUGUA